AUGUCGACUAAUCCAGCAAUUAGUCGUUUACAGUCAGGUGAUGGAGCUGACGAUUCCACGCAACGUGGUUGUACAUCAUGGUUACUUAUAUCAUGUAUUAUUCUUACUAUAACAACAUCUUUUGUCUUUGGUUGGGGUUUAGCUGCACCAAACAUGUACAAUGAUUUUACGGAACCAUUUCUAAAAGGCAAAGAUUCAUGUUCGGUUGACGUACGAGCACAUCCACUUUCAAAUGAAGCAGCAGUAGUACCGAUGAUCGUAGUAGACAAUAAUGCAGUCGCCGAUGGAACUAACGGUGCCAAUUCUGAAAAACGAAUGAACGAAAAUGGUGAUGCUGCUGCAGAUGAAAAAUCUGAUGAUCUGCCAAAGAAGAAGCAUGGAGUAUUUAACUUCUUUGCUGAAUUAGUCAAAGGUAUUCCACAAACACUAUUUCUUAUUGGAGCAUUUAUUGGAGCAAUUACUGGCCCUUCUUGGGUAAAAGUUUGCGAUCGUAAACGUACAGUUUUUAUCAACUAUAUAUUCUGUUUUGCGUCGUCACUUUGCGUUUUAUUGGGAAGUGGUUUUCAAAAACCAUGGUUAUUUUAUCUCAGUCGUCUUUUACUCGGCUAUCAAGGUGGAAUGGCCUGUGCUGUCGUACCACCAUUUAUUAAUGAAAUCUCCUCACAACGUGUUCGUGGUACAGCUGGUGCCAGCUUUCAACUUUCAUUAACAAUCGGUAUUCUCGUUGCACAAAUUGUUGGUUUACCAUUUAUUGCUGGCACAUGUGAACGUUGGGGUUGGGGUCUUUCCAUUGUCUUUUUAUUACCGUUGGCUGGUGUAUUUGUUUUAUUUCUUAUACCAAAUUCACCAACACAAAUGAUUGGAACAUAUAACAAUGAAGAACAAGCCACAAUCGAUCUAAAAAAAUUACGUGGAACAGAUAAUGUUCAAGCUGAUCUUGAACUUAUACGAGAACAAACAAGACAAACAGGUGGUGGCAAAACAGAAUCAUUAUCAAUUCUUCAAGUGCUUAAAUCGACCCAUUAUCGUUGGCCAAUGUUAACAACUGUCGUUCUUCAAUUUGCCCAAGCAUUAUCUGGAGUCAAUGCCGUAUUUUUUUAUUCAUCAAAAAUGUUCGAAAAAGCUGGUAUUCCAAAAGGCUAUAUCCCAUAUGCUAAUAUUGGCACAGGUGCUAUCAAUGUACUUGCAACAAUUGUCUCACUAUUUUUAAUUGAAAAACUUGGCCGUAAAAAAUUAGUUAUCUAUCCAAUGAUUGUUAUGAUUUUUGUAUUUGGUGUAUUAACAGCACUUGUUGAAUACAAUGAAAGUCGAAAUAAUGCAGUUUUGGGUUUCAUAUCAGUUAUAUUUAUUUUACUAUUUAUCGUUUGCUUUGCUGUCGGUCUUGGUCCAAUUCCAUUCUUGUAUGGUAGUGAAGUUUGUCGACCAGAAGCUCGAGAUAGUGUUCAAUCAUUGGGAUUAAUUGCUAAUUAUAUUGGAAAUAUUCUUUUAUCAUUAUUUUUUCCUGCGCUGAAUUCAAUGCUUGGUGGUUACGUAUUUUUAAUCUUUGUGUUAUUUGUUGCUGCUCAUGUUGUUUUUCUCUGGUUUAAAAUGCCAGAAACGAAAAAUAAAUCAAUCGAACAUGCUGAACAAUUUUGGAACAUAGCUGUUAAAAAUCCAAAUGAAAAACUUUUAUCAGCAACAGCUAACGCAUAA